AAUGGUUUCAUUUUUCUUUAUUUCUUAUAUAUAUAUAUACCAUGUUGAAACACGCCACUACAAGACAAAUGGUAAGUGUUUGAUUUAUUCAGUCCAUAACUUACUAGCUGAACAAGUUACCUAUGAGUGAUGAAGCUGUUGAAAAAUACAUUACACUCUUGUUUGAGCGAUCACCGGCAUCAAAGCGUGCUACAGCACCUCUUCUUGACUGGUAUUCACUUUUAACCAAGUUCAAUGAACAACAAAACUAUUAUAUUCUGACUCAGAAAGAAAUGGAUGAAUUCAAAUGUUAUGGUGAUAUGAAUCCAGACUUGGAAAUGACACCUGAAGAGAUUAUUCGCCUUGUUUAUGUACUGAGAGAUGGGACAGAAUCUUUAUCGCUUGUCACUAGUUCAUUCUAUCAAGAUCAUGAAAGCACCAAUCAUCCCAAUACUGAUACCAAUCCACAACAAAGAAAACUAAAAAUACAGCAUAAUGAAUAUGAGAUCAAGAAAUUGAUUCAAGAAAGAGACAAAGCCAAACAUCAACUUCAUGAAUAUGAAGCCAGAUUAACUCAUUUUACAAAGGAUACUUCAGAACGUAUGUCUCUGUUAGAAUCCAGAUUAGAAGCCAUGAAGAUAGAAGCAGAUCAACAAAGAGCCAUUGUGACCGACUAUAAAAACAGGGAGAAAGAAAGGCUAGAAAAGAUUGCACGACAGACCAUGGAGAAUCAACAGCUAAAAGAACAACUUGUCACACUUGAAUCCAAUGCACAAGCAGAAAGAGAAGAACUACAACAAGAGAAUGCUAAAUUGAUUGAAUUGAUUGAUAAACAAAAAUUUGAUUUAGAUGAAGCCAGAAGUCAUGCUUAUGUCGAUAUAGACCAACAGGCAUGGACAGACAGAAUCAAUACUCUGACUGAAGAAAGAGAUCAAUACCAACAAGCACAUCAACAUACACUGGAAGAGUUAGUCCAAGUACAACAAGAACUCAAUGAUGUUCAAGACAAGGCUCAAUUAUUAUCAAGUAAAUUUGAUCAUCAACAUCAACUGAUUAUGCUUAUUCAAGAUGCUUUAUCCAAUGACAAUCGCUCUUUUUCUUCUUUCUUGUUUAUCAUGUCUAUCUUACCAUGGUUGUUUCUAGGCUAUCAUCUUUUAAUACGUCUCAUUCAAACAAAAUACGGUAUUCAUGAUCCUCUAUUAUUUUUACAAUAUGUGGAUGAAAAGCUUUAUGAUUUUUAUUCUACUUGAUGAUGAUAAUAAUAAUAAUAAUAAUAACAAAAAAAAAAAAAGAGAUUAUCGUUUUU